UGAUGCAAAUUGCCAAAAAGCACAGCAAAAGUGCCGUAAACUAUUUUCAACGCAUCUGCCCUGGUGUUAAACUGGAACGCGUCUUCAUGGAUUGGUGCUGGUGGAUAUUAGCUGGUCUACCAUUUCAGCAUCUCGUACGAAUUAUGGAUUGCUACUUCCACGAGGGCAUCAAGGUGCUGUAUCGUGUUGCGCUCGUCAUAAUCAAUCUCUUCCACAAAGAGUGUCAAUCCAACAACGAAUGGAGUCCAGAUAAUAUCAAAAACGACAUUGGUAAUGCGUUGAUCAAAUUCUGCAAGAAGAUACCAGUGUCACCAACGAAAUUAUUGCAUGCCGCAUUUAGUAUUAGGGGACUGAGUUCCACAUAUAUCUCUAGAAUAUUUAUGAAGACUGAAAUGAUACUAAAGAGCCGUUCCGUAUUGAAUAGCGGGUCGAAGCAAUUAGUUAAGUCGCGAUCCAGUGAUAAUUUGCCAUCGAGUCAAUCACAAGUCAAUAUACAAAUGAUGUCGCACACAUUGACCAUACGUGAGGUGAGUUGCCGAAUGCAUGCUUGUUGA